AUGCGCAUCCUACGAGGGGGGCCAUGGACGUUCGACAACCAACUCCUCAUGCUAAAGAGGUGGCAUAAAGGUAUGAUUGUUGGGAACAUGAAGUGGGAACACGCAUCUCUUUGGAUACAAAUCUGGGGAGCCCCUUUUGACAUGGUAUCUCCUAUUGUUGCAUCAAAGGUCGGAAGCAGACUGGGGGUUGUGGAGGAAGUUGAGAAGCAAAGACAACAGGAUGAACAGAAUAUUUUUAUAUGGGUCCGAGUUGCUCUACCUAUUGCAAAACCACUAUGUCGUGGGAGUUAUAUUGCAGGACCCAGUGGAGAACAUACAUGGAUACAAUUCAAGUAUAAGAGAAUGCCUAUCUUUUGUCAUUUUUGUGGCUUGUUGGGCCACAAUUUGCGCCACUGUGCAAGUCAUUAUGCACCAGAAAAGAACGGAGGUGUAGGUGAAUACCAGUAUGGUGACUAG